CAGUAGACGUGUUUGCCACUGCCACCCUUUUGCACUGAAGCACGCAAGAUGGACUCCAGCCUGUUACCUUACUUAGAUAUUGUACAACAAAUGAUGCAUAGUGGCUGUAGUGAUGUGGACAUAAAAAAACACUUGAUAUUUGAAUGUGGCUUGCGUAGAGGAACGUCCGUGGCCAAUAUUCGGAAGUUUUGUAAAGACCACGGGUUAAAAAGACAGCGAGUGACGGACCAACAACUUGAAGCUGCAGUCUCCAAUGCAAUAACACAGGGUGGUCCUACCUAUGGCAGGAAAAUGAUGACUGGGAGUCUUGCAGCUGCAGGUGUCUUCGCAUCAGAGGGUCGUGUUGGAGCUGUUUUGCGCAACAUUCACCCACCUUACCAUAAGGCACGAUGCCAGGGAGCAAGGAACCUCAACCCUCUUCCUUACCAUGCAGCCUAUGUGGGUCACAAAAUCCACAUGGACCAAAAUGAGAAGAUUGUCAUGUUUGGCGUGACUCAUGUGCUGGCAAUAGAUGGCUUCUCCAGCAAAAUUGUUGGACAAGCUACUAUGCCUGUAAAGAACAACCUCACCAUCUACAAUGACGUUUACAGGAGUGCAGUAAUGGAAUAUGGGAUGUGGGACCAGGUCAGAGUGGAUCAUGGAAAGGAGUUCUACCUCACUCUUUUCAUGCAGGAGAAGUUGGCCAGCCACCGCCACAACACUGAAAGGCCACCAUAUCUCCAAACACCAUCAACAAAGAAUCACAGAAUCGAGAGAAUCUGGCCAGAAAUCAACAACCGGGUUAACUACCCGUUGAAAGCUGCAUUGGUCCAACUGGUGGAUCAGGAGGAGCUGGACAUGGAGGACCAGAUGACUCGGUUCUGUGUGUCAUCUUUGACAUGCCAGUUGGCCCAGAUCGGUGUUAACCGACCUGUGCAAGCAUGGAAUGCACACAGGAUUCCUGGUAUGUCUUCGGGUUGGUCUUUCAAGGCUUUUUUAAUGUGAAUAAUUAUUUUCAAAAUGUUUUACGAUUGAAUGUUUCUUAAACAUGUUUAAUCAAAUACUAGAAGGAGCAUGUUGCAAUACAUGGCAUGGUUGUGACAGCCACAUUGAAUUAUUGCCAAAAUGCAUCUGUGGCUGCAGACUGGUACGACCAGGAAGUGGGCUCACUGACAGAGUGUCAGACUUUGGCACCAACCCAUUUCCAAGUUUACAGGACCAGGAAGCUGCAGUGAGGGAAUUUGCUCUGCAGUGCCCUGAUACAAGUGUACUGCUGGACAAUGCAGUGAAUAAUCUGCCACAACCGUUCAAAGAUGGACUCAAAGGCCUCAUCGACAUCUCAAGGAGAAGUUGUCAACGCUGAUGUUUUUUUGUGUCUAAGUUGUUAUUGUCUGUGCUUUUUAAUUUAUUGGUUCAACUGACGGGAUGUUUUUUUCUUUUCUUCAAAUGUUGGGGGUUUAAAGGGAGAAAUAUGUUCUUUUUGAAUAAACACUUCUGUCUUUAAAGUC